AUGACAGUGGACGACGACCCAGUCCACACCGCAGCCUACUUUGAGGCAGACAAGUGGCCCGAACACCCAUACUGGAGCCACAGGUACGACUUUUUCACCGCGGAGCCCAACUGGGGUGGCGAAGAGUUGGCCAGCGGCACCGUGCGAUAUGUUCGACCAGUGGUGAUGCCAACGGCGAGGGUGGCAGCCCGCAAAAACAUGGUGGGCAAGAUGGGCAUGAUUGGAAAGCUUGUCCCACCAUCACUCGUCCCCCAAGCCCCCCAAGGACCCCGGAAACGCAAGCCGCUCUACUUCCAGGCGUUUCUUUGGAUGGAUGGCGGCUCGCAUAAAGUGACGACAAGAGCCGACUUGAUGCAAGUGUUUGAACGACUGGUCAAGCCCAUCGACGCCGCUGGCCAAUUGGUCUACGACAUCUUGGCUGUGCUCGACCAGGUCGAUGCAGUGUGCGACGAGGAGGCUGCCCAGUCACUCGAGUUCACCAAUGCCCGGCUACGAGUGGAAGAAGCCUUCCAUGCUAUCGACCUCAUCAUGCCCAAGAUCAUGCGCCUUGCAGUCCAUUUUGGAAUCUACCUCCACCGCAUCGCAGACCUGGAGCGUGACCAUCUGCUUCCCGUCAACUGGACACCCUGGCCGCACCCCGUCACGAGCACCUCCAUUCAUCAGACAGAGGUCCACAACCCUACCUCGGACUACCUCUUCCGCCUAUGUCGCCUGAUCCAGAAGGAAGGGCAGCCAGUGUUUCCCGAGUAUGACAGUACAAUCUCCGCGGGCAAUGAAGCCGUGAGGGAGCUGGAGGCAAUGUGUGACAGUAUUGAGGUCAUUGACGUGGACGCGUCUGUUGACGAGCCUGGAGUGUAA